AUGACUGCUUCAGGAGGCUCUGAGGCCGAUGGCCGUGACAGCCCCAAAUACACUUCAGCCCUUGACGAGAAGGAGUUAUCUACUGUCCAGGCCAUUGCCGCCAAUGGUGCCCACGAGAGUGACGAUGAAGCGACCGGCCUCCGCAAGGAACUUCCUACAGAUGAGGAGAUAGCGACUUUGCGUCGUGUCCCUGAUAGGAUCCCAUGGAUUGCUUUCAGCAUUGCCUUUGUCGAAUUGUGCGAACGAUUCUCAUAUUAUGGAACAACCGCAGUUUUCGUCAACUUCAUUCAACAGCCACUUCCAAAGGGCUCGACUGCUGGUAACAGCGUUGGGCCUGGUAUCAUCACCAGCCGUGUCCCCGGUGCCCUCGGUCUAGGUCAACGAGCGUCCACUGCCAUCAGUACAUUUAACUCUUUCUGGGCCUAUAUCAUGCCUUUGGUUGGUGCCUAUAUCGCGGAGGAGCAUCUUGGACGUUUUAGAACAAUCAUGUACUCCAUUGCCUGUGCCCUUGUUGGACACACCAUCCUCAUCAUCUCCGCCAUACCUCCAGUUAUCAAGAAUCCGAAUGGUGCACUUCCAUGCUUCGUUAUUGGUCUUGUUAUCAUGGGUGUCGGAACUGGCGGAUUCAAGUCCAACAUUUCCCCCCUGAUUGCUGAGCAAUACACAGAAACCCAGAUGUAUAUCCGAACGGAAAAGUCAGGAGAACGAGUUAUUGUCGACCCUGCUGCAACAGUGUCUCGUAUCUUCAUUUUGUUCUACCUCAUGAUCAAUAUCGGCUCGCUCUGUGGUCAAAUCGGCAUGGUUUUCGCUGAAAAAUAUGUUGGAUUCUAUCUCUCCUUCCUCCUUCCAACACUUAUGUUCUGCCUAUGCCCGUUGGUGCUGUUUGUUUGCCGCAAGAGAUACGUCCGUACCAAACCAGGUGGCUCAAUUUACUACAAGGCCAUGAAACUAAUCGGACUCGUCGCCAAGGGCAAGGGCUCUUGGAACAUCGCCAAGAUGGGCCGUAACUUCAAGCACCCAGACAGCUGGAAUGCUUGUAAGCCCAGUCGCCUUGCCAACAAGCCAGCCUGGAUGACAUUUGAUGACGCUUGGGUUGACGAAGUUCGACGAGGCAUCAUUGCUUGUUCCGUCUUCCUGUGGUACCCUCUUUUCUGGGUAGCCUACAAUCAAGGAACUACCAACCUUACGUCCCAGGCUGCCACUCUGGAGCUCGCUGGAGUACCAAACGAUAUCAUCAACAAUCUCAACCCCAUUACCCUCAUUGUUUUCAUUCCAAUUAUGGACAGAAUCGUUUAUCCGUCUCUCCGAAAGAGUGGCAUCCGGUUCACCCCCAUCAAGCGUAUUACCACCGGUUUCUUCCUUGCUGGUUGUGGAAUGGUCUCUUCAGCAGUCCUGCAGUACUAUAUUUACAAAACCAACCCAUGUGGAAACGAGGCAAGCAAAUGCAAGACAGAGUAUGGAAAGAACUCUCCCAUCAGUGUCUGGGUUCAAGCUGUUGCCUAUGUCCUCGGUGGUGUCUCUGAAAUUUUUGCAUCCGUGACGUCUCUUGAAUAUGCAUUCAUGAAGGCUCCGAGAAACAUGCGAUCUCUAGUUCAAGCGUUCGCACUUUUCAUGAACGCCAUCUCCUCCGCUCUGCUCCAGGCCCUGGUUGGCUUGUCAGCUGAUCCUCUUCUCAUUUGGAACUACACUGUUACCGCCUGCUUAUCUUUUAUUGGAUGUGUUGGUUUCUGGAUUAGCAACCGGAAGGCUGACCAGGCUGAGGACGAACUGAACCAACUUGCUGUGGCAGACUUCCAUGCCGGCGAAAAGGAAGGGGAAAAAGCCGCAUAA